AUGGCUCCUGUCGAGAAUGGAUUGACUUCAUUAUCCCCGUAUGGUCUUCCUGUAUUGAGUAAAUCUAUAACAUCGAUUCUUAAACCUUUACCGUUUGAGAAGAGCCGAAGUGAAGAGAAAAAUUCAGACAGUAACGAAAUCAGCCUCCCUGGGUUGAAGAUCCCAGUGUUUAAAAAUAGUAGUAUUUUACAGAUUAUCAACUCUAAUAAUUCUAAAAUAAGAGCUGAUGAUCGCAUAGGUCAAGUAGGAAAAAGAAAUAAUGUAAAUAAGCUGGAAAACGGCUCAUCUUUAGCUGAGAUAGAGCCGGAGAGUGAGAGCGUCGCAGUAAAUGAUGAUAUGGAAGUUGACGAUAGCGUUGGGCCUAAGUAUUAUUUAGAAAUUGAGAGCUUUGUGCCCAGAAACCUUCAACAACAAGUCACUACAUUAAUAAUUAAAGGAUUUCCCAGUGUUAAGAAGACUGCCAUUGAAAAAAUCUUAGGCUUAAUCACCAGUUCCCAUAUCCAAUGGUCUAUCAUAAAUUUCGAAAUAAUAGAACGUAGGCUCUUAUUCAUUCGAUUUGAAAGCAUAUUGAACUUGCAUGCGCUUAUGGUUAAGUUGAAUAAACUAGAGGAGCAUUUGGAGAAUUUAAAGAUAUUUGUAGAUCCCAAAGUUGAAGAGUACAUUCUGAAGUUGAGCCCAAAUGAAACCAUUGAGGGCACCAGUUUGGAGGACGAGCAAUUGAUCUUAAAGAUCAAUAGAAUCAUAAAAAGUCCUAAAAAUCAAGAGAAAUCUUCUACAAAAGGUUCAGGAACUGAAGACUUAGAUGCGGUUAUGUCUUAUUUUAACACAUAUAAAGUUGAAGAUGCAGAAUUGGUUGAUGUACCGAAUGAUAUGAAGAGUGGGAUAGUAAAAGAUAUAAUAAAGUUUAGGUCCAAGGUGUUGAAGAUUGAGAAGGAGCGUCGUAAGAAGGAAAUAGAACAGGAGCGCCAGAAGGCGAAGUCAAAGCUAAAGAAAUUGUUUCUUGAGAUUCUGUCAAAUGAAAAGGCUGGUGAUAUUGAGAUGGAUGUUGAUGCGGAAGAUGACGAGAAUAGUAUCGAUGAUGAAUAUUCGACAUUAAAUGAUGCUGAAUAUGACGAGUUGAUGCAAAAUAAGCUUCAGAAAGACAAAGAUACAGAAUAUGAGAAAGAGUUGAAAGCAAUGAAGGAUUUGGAAAAGUACAAAAAGACCGUGCUUGAGCAAAAAUUGGCCAGUCUUAGAGAUUACGAGAACGACCUUGUGGAAAAUAAGUUGAAAUACAUAGAUGACUUUAAGAGCUUUAACGACUAUGAUCUCCAGCAAUAUGGUAGUAUAACAAGCAAACUUUACUAUACUAACCAUUCCGAAUACCUUAGGAAUAGAACUAAGGAAAGAGCGAAGGAAGAAAAACUAGAUCUACUUGAUGAAGCAGAAGAACAAAAGGAAAGAGAGGAAGAGAGGAAAACAUCGGUGGUUCCAAAGACUACCAUCAUUCCUGUUGGUGUAAUGCCAACCACAUCAGAAUCUGCAAGUCCAAAGAAUGGAUUUGCACAAGGCAAAGAUUCAGCAGUCUCAGGCACUUCACUCUCCAUCUCCUCGUUGCCAGCUUCUACACAAUCUUCCAUCAAGGACAAGAUUUCAAACCUUAUAGAGGAAUACCUUGGUCUCAAGGAAGAUUCGCUCAUUGAUUUUGUUUUCGAUCAUCUAUUGGAGAAUAACCUUUCCAAAAGAGAAAGUUUGACUGAAGAACUUGCUGAAACUUUAGAUGACGACGCACAAGUGGUGGUUGAUGACCUUUGGAAGUUCAUAAACGAAGUCUCCUCGAAUUAA